AUGAAUUUAGCGAUUAGGAUCCCUCAGAUGAUGCCAGUCCUGCAGGAAGUUCUCCGCGCACAUCCAGGGAUCGCAACAAAAACAAUGAGGGAGCAAUUCGAAAAACUCAUCUUACAGCCCCUUCAAAAGCUCAAGCCACCUCGGGGGCUUGAAUCUAUCAUCUCUAUUAAGACCAUGGUAAUAGUGAUUGACGCCUUAGAUGAAUGCGAAGGAGAUGAUGAUAUUCGACUUAUAUUGCAACUUCUUCCAAAAUUGAAACGUCUAACUUCUUUACGCUUACGAGUGCUUUUGACUAGCAGACCUGAUCUACCAGUCCGUCUAGGAUUUUCGAGGAUUGCAAGCGAGGACCACAAAGAUCUCAUUCUCCAUGACAUCCCUGAGGAAGUGAUCGAGCACGAUAUAGCCUUGUUCCUUGAGCGCCAACUUGCUGAGAUUAGAACCGAACGCUCCCUCCCUACAGAUUGGCCUGGAGACGAAGAUUUUCGAAAACUAAUAACAAUACCCAUUCCUUUAUUCAUUUUCGCUGCCACUAUCUGUCGUAUGUUAGGUGAUCCCAUUUGGGAUCCUAGAGGAAGUCUUGCUGAAGUCUUUGCGCAUCAAAAUGAUUUAUCUGAGCUAGAUAGGACGUAUCUUCCAGUUCUCAACCGUCUUCUCCACGGACAACAUGGGAAGCAGAAGAGCAGACUCAUCUCGGAAUUUCAGCAGGUGAUUGGCUCCAUCGUGAUACUUCAGAGUCCACUGUCAAUUCUAUCACUUUCAAAGUUUAUAGACCUUCCAGCAGAUCUUAUACGACUUCGCCUUGACGCGCUGCACUCUGUGGUCAGGGUACCAGACAACGAAACAAUACCUAUCCGUCUUUUCCACCUCUCUUUCCGGGACUUUCUUCUCGAUCCAGAAACUGCUCAAAAAACUUCUUUCUGGAUGAAUGAGGCGAAUGUGCACCAUACCGUGACCAUGCAAUGCCUAUACGUGUGUCACAGUCUGCGGAGAAAUAUAUGUGAGCUACCAAGUGUCGGCACUCGACUGAUAGAAAUUGAUUUGGAGACUAUCGACAAGUACAUUGCUCCAGAGUUACAGUAUGCCUGCAAAUAUUGGGUAUAUCAUUUGGUCCGCUGUAACGAAUUCGGAAACACAGUUUCCUAUGCUUUCUCAUUUCUUCGCUCUCAUUUCUUGCACUGGGUGGAAACGAUGAUCCUAUUGGACCUUGCAUCAGAUGUACUUGGUAUUCUUCGUGAUUUCCAAAUAUUCGUAUCGGUAAGUCCUAAAGAUAAUCAGAUAAACCUUGGAAGUCUGCACAUUCAUACUAACAGUUUCAAUUUUCAGGGCAACAAUGGAUCUCCUGAGGAUUUUGAUUUCCUUCAUGACACAACGCGGUUUAUAUUGAAAAAUCGUCGUAUGGAAGCACCUCUUCAGGUCUAUUGUGCAGGGCUCGUUUUUGCGCCUGGUACGGCAAUAAUCCGUAGACAGUUUGAUGGAGAGCUUCCUAAUUGGAUAUCCCAGUUACCAACAGUUGAACAAGAAUGGGUUGCAGAAUUAGACGUCCUUGAAGGCCACUCAGAAGAAGUUCGUUCGGUGGCUUUUUCGCCUGAUUCUCGCCUAUUGGCGUCUGGCUCAAUGGAUGGGACAAUAUGCCUCUGGGACCCAGCGACAGGAUCACACAUACAGACCCUCAACGAUGCAAAUGACUAUUUCAACUCAGUGGUCUUUUCGCCUGACUCUCGCAUGUUGGCGGCUGGCUCAAAUGAUGGUACAGUGCGCCUCUGGGAUCCAGUGACAGGCGCGCUCGUACAGACUCUCACCGGCAAACGCCGUGGAGGCGUGGUCAACUCUGUGGCCUUUUCGCCUAAUGGUCGCCUGUUAGUAUCUGGCUCUGAUGAUAAGAAGGUAUAUCUCUGGGACCCAGUCAUAGGCAGACUUAAAAGAUUUUCAAAGGCCAUUCAGAUAGUGUUGAGUCAGUAUCCUUCUCACGUGAUGGUCACCUACUUGCGUCUGGCUCCGCAGACACAAUAG